GCGCUCCCUCGCUGUCCGUCCGUCCGUCUAGCCGGUGCCGGUCUGGACCUGCCGACCUGCCGCCCAGCCAGUGUUCAGUGUUUGUUUGUGUGCCCACCGCACUGUCUGUACCGAACGCCGCCGGUGGAGUCAGUUUCCGCCGAGUCGCCCCAGUCCCCUCGCCGUGACCGGAGUGCCGACUCAGCCGCCGCUCCUUCUCUCCUGCUUGGCCCACGACGAGACCCCCCAGCUGCCCGCUGCCCAGGACGACAGAGGUUUUUAUCGUUUCAGCGCCGUUCGAUCGUUCACCGCUCGCGCGCGCGUCGCCGCCAACGCUGCUGCUGCAGCCACCACACCAACUUCAACAACGACCAGAGACACAGGCCGUGCGGGGAGCGCCAUGGAGCUACUGCCGGACGACGUCCUGCUGGAGGUGCUCGGGCACGUGGACGUCGAGGACCUCUUCUCGUGCCGCCUCGUGUGCAAGAGGCUCGGCGGCCUGGCCGUGCACCCGGACGCGUGGCGGCGCCGGACCCUGCACCCGCGGGACCCCGUGCUGUGCCCGGUGGUGCGCCUGGCGCCCUGCUUGUCGUCGCUGCCGCUGCUGCUGCCGUCGGAGGGGUGCCACUGGCCCUACAGGAUCGGGUGCGCCGUGGAGGAGCUGGUGCUGCACGUCGAGCGCAGCGCCGGCGCCGUGCACGCCGCCUUGCUCAUCGAGCGACAGCUGGCGCUCGGCCGGCUCAAGAGGCUCCGGGUCAUCAUCCUCAGCACGGAGUUUGUCGACGAGCAGCUCGACGAGACGGACGCCCGCGUCCUGUUCGAGACCCUGGCGUCCGCGACGGCGUCCGGCCUGGAGUGCCUGACGGUCUGCAGCGACGUGGCCAACGCCCAGAACGUGCGCCUGCCGGCGACGUGCACCCUCGGCGCCGUGCCCAGCACCAUGCGCGCGCUGACCUGCACGCAUUUCCCCAGGAUGGAGCCCUUGUUCGACCUCGUGCUGUCGAGCCACGCUGCCACGCUGGAGUCCGUGGCGCACAUCACUGCCGACAUGACGUCCGCAGUGGGCUUGCUGGCCGGGCUGCCGAGGCUCCGUAAGCUGAGCUGCGAACUGCACCCCGGCCUGGACGCGCUGGUGGCGUGCAAGGCGCUCACGGACCUGACCGUCAUGGUGGAGCGCGAGGACGCGCAGCCCGCGGGGGCCGUCAGGCUGCUGGGCCAGGCCUGCCAGCUGCGCAAGGUGGCCCUGGUGCACGGCGAACGCCCCUCGUGUGUCGCCGCGGUGGAGGAGCUGCUCCUGGCGCUGGCCUCGCCCGCGCGGCCUGCCGCGGAGACGCUCGAGGUGACGCACACCUCCAGGACGCCGUGGACGCCGUCGCCGGUCUCGGUGCGGGCGGAGCCGCUGCUCGGGGCGCUGUCGCGCCUGCCGGCGCUGCGGGAGCUGACCCUCGACUGGGAGUCGGACCAGCUCCUCAGGGGCGUGCGCCCGGGCACCACCCCGGCCCUCAUGAGCCUCGACCUCCGGACGCAGAGGGGCGACACUUGCGGCCACGGCUGGGUGCACAACGAGGACUUCAUGGCCUUCAUGCUGGCCAACCCCUCCCUCCACGUGCGCGUCGCCAACUGGGAGUGCGACUGCGAGUUCUGCGAGGACCCGGACUGCCACCACCAGCUGCAGUGCGACCUGUGGGACCACGAGGGCGCCUACUUCUACUCCCACCCGGAGGACCAGUGCCCCUGGCAGCACGAGGAUGACCACGAUGACGGGAUCUGGGUGCGCAUUCCAUUAGACAGUUAAAAAAGGUGUCAAAAUGAUACCAUUUACUGGCAACUAUUGUCUAUGAAAUUUGACUUGUGAAAUGCCAGGUGUUGUUUCAGUUUGAUUUAUUUGUUUUUGGUUUGUUUGUUAAUAUUCGGUUCGAAUAAAGUCUAUGUUUGUGUUCUGUAAAAACCUCAA